CCACCCCCCCCCCCCCCCCCACCCCAGCAUCCGGAGUUCCCGACCGCGCCGUUCCGCUGCGGUCGAGAGCCGACCCCCGCUCCAGGAGUAAGCCUUAUCCUUGAUCAACAUGUCGAGGGAAGAGAAUGUUUACAUGGCCAAGCUGGCAGAGCAGGCCGAAAGGUACGAGGAGAUGGUUGAAUACAUGGAGAAGGUGGCCAAGACCGUAGAUGUUGAAGAGCUCACUGUUGAGGAGCGUAACCUCCUGUCUGUUGCAUACAAGAAUGUGAUUGGGGCUCGCCGUGCUUCAUGGCGCAUUGUCUCAUCCAUUGAACAGAAAGAGGAGUCCCGCAAGAAUGAGGAGCAUGUUUCUCUGAUAAAGGAAUACCGUGGCAAGAUUGAGGCUGAGCUGAGCAAUAUCUGUGAUGGCAUCCUGAAGCUGCUUGACUCACACCUUGUGCCUUCUUCUAGUGCUGCUGAGUCAAAGGUCUUCUACCUCAAGAUGAAGGGUGACUACCACAGGUAUCUUGCUGAGUUUAAGACUGGCGCUGAGAGGAAGGAAUCUGCCGAGAGCACAAUGGUGGCCUACAAGGCUGCUCAGGAUAUUGCUCUGGCUGAGCUGGCACCUACCCAUCCGAUAAGGCUUGGACUAGCUCUUAACUUCUCGGUGUUCUAUUACGAGAUUCUGAACUCCCCAGACAAAGCUUGCAACCUCGCAAAGCAGGCAUUUGAUGAGGCUAUCUCUGAGUUGGACACCCUUGGGGAGGAGUCAUACAAAGACAGCACUCUGAUCAUGCAGCUCCUGAGGGACAACUUGACCCUUUGGACCUCCGACCUCACGGAGGAUGGUGCUGAGGAGGGCAAAGAAGCCCCGAAAGGCGAUGCUGGCGAGGGACAGUAACCCUUAGAUGUCCUGUGCUGUCAAAGUUGUGCGCUGCGCCAUUAUUGUAGCUGCUAUCGUCUACCCCGCUCGCUUCUUUUCCUAUAGUAGGCUGGUAGAGGUCGAAUUAGUUCUCAUUGCUUUGCAUUGCCGCUAGUUGGCACUAGGCCCAUGUGGACUGGUAUUGUUCUCCUGGAUUUGACAAGCAUGUGUGUGGUCGGUCUAGCGUUUUAUUGAGCAAUAUUGAAGUUGUCGUUUUUCAUCUAGUUGUUGCAA